GAGUUACAUCAAAUGGAUGUGUAUAAUGCAUUUCUUCAUGGUGACUUUGAUGAAGAUGUAUAUAUGAAGCUUCCUCCCGGCUUUGGUGAUAAUUCUUUGGGGAAAGCAUGUCGGCUUUGCAAAUCUUUAUAUGGACUCCGCCAGGCUCCGGUGUUGUUCAUGCAGCAGCCUACUCGGUCUCAAUGGGACGCGACGUUACGCGUUGUCCGCUAUUUAAAGACCAUGCCCAGUCAAGUGUCACAAGGAUGGGUGAGAGGGCAGUUCAAGGAUUCAGUUUCACUAUACAAUCAGACAACUCCAACGGUGGAGACGUUGACAGUGGCCAGCAAGAGUUGUUGACCAUUGAUGAUCUUACCAAACUACAGGAGGGAAAUCGUCGCCAUCGACAACUAUAAGGAUUGGUCUUACAUUUCGUGCAUCGGUUGUAACAGGAAGGUUUCACCUAACGGUGAUAGCUUUUGGUGUGUGUCUUGCAAUACUAAUGAUGCGGUUCUCAGGUACAAAGUCAAUGUGAGGGUUGUUGAUGGCACAAACCAUGCGUCUUUCUUGCUUUAGGACAGAGAAGUCUCCUGUUUGUUGGGCAAGUCCGCUGCUUCGCUCAAGGACCAAAUAACUAGGAGGAACUUUGGUCCGCAUUACUUUCCCUCAGAGAUAAACACCUUGAUUGACAUCGGGGCACUAUUUAGGGUUCAGUUCAAAAGAGAAAGCAGGAAUUUUAAGGGAAACCAGACUUUCAGUGUUCUUAAGAUGAACACUGAUCCAAAAGUACUUGCACUGUACACAGAUAAGAUAAAUGGAAAGGAGGAGGAGGAUGAGUUCAGCAGGUUGGCUUCACAACAUUCAAGGUCUGAAAAGAAUAUUGGAUUUGGUAACCUAAGUUGCAAGUUAAUCAAAUUACCAUUCAGAUUGUUAGGAUGGUCAUUCGAAUUUCAGGCUGGAUCUUCACAAGCUACAGUGUCUAGCCCACUUAUGACAAAGGAGAAGAGGCAGGUUCUGGAGGUCGACGCUUAGAGAGUGAAGCGUGACCUAUUUGAAGAUUUUUCAGCGUCAACCUCAUCAAAGAAGCUCAAGGUAGUGAAGAUUGAAAAGGAGUGAAGAUAUUAAAUCGAGCAAUGUCGUUCGUUAAGUCUGAUUGUUAUAAAUGUUUUCUACGGUGGUGUUAACUGCUUAGUGUUUUGGAUCAAUUCCAUAUGUAAAGGACAAAGCAUCCACCCUAGCCUUGACUCCAGAGUUAUUUUGGUGUUGGGUACUUUUUUAUUUUUGGGAUGUUUUGGCCCUGGGAUGUAGUCUACAUCUGCACCGACCACCUAUGUCUUUUUAUUUGAAGAUACAUUCCAUGGAAUGAAUGUACUUCAAAGCGUGUAUCAGUAGGGUUCAGCUACUACUAUCUGUUUAUUGAAGAUGCAUUAUAAUAUAUUGUUUUUAAGUAAGCUCUA